AUGGUAGUUGAAACUAAUCGUAACGCUGAACAGUUUCUUUCAAAGAGCAGGCUAACCAAGUCGAGUAGAUUCUCUAAAUGGUCAAAAACAAAUGUCGAUGAAAUUGAAAAGUUUAUGGGCUUACUCUUGUGGUUUGGUUUAGUUCAAAUGCCGAGUUUAGAGAGCUAUUGGAGUACCAAAAUUAGAUACAAAAAUAAUAUUGCUCCUAAAAUAAUGUCCCGAAAUCGAUUUGAAUUACUUUUAAGAUUUCGGCACUUUGAGGAUAACGAAGAAACCCCUGACAAUGAUCGUAUCUAUAAAGUUCGUGAUUUGCUAGAAUGUGUUGUAAAAAAAUAUAAAAAUGUCAUAGAACCAGAUGAGUACUUAGCAAUAGAUGAGUCAAUGGUUCCAUUACGUGGUCGUUUGAAAUUCAAGCAAUACAUACCCGGGAAGGCUCAUAAAUAUGGAGUGAAACUAUUUAAAAUAUGUGACAACAAUGGAUAUACAUACAUAAAUUGGUGUUUUAUCUAG